CAAUGUGGAAAAAUGUUAAUCAGUGAACCAGCCCAUUUUUGGUCAGGAGGAAUCUCACGGAGUAGGUCUGAAGAAAGUUUUGUUGACAUGGAAGCCCCAAAAUUCUCCAAAAAUUCCAGUAUUCCAGAAUGUCAAGACCCAGACCUUCCUCACAACUGGCCAGAUGCUUUUGCUUUCCGUCGCCAUAAUGCAUCCAAAGUUACAAAUCCAUUUUGGAAUGAACUGUCUGCUUCUAACCCAUUUUUGGAUGACAUAACUCAGCUAAGAAACAACCGGAAGAGAGAUAAUAUUUCCAUCUUGAAGGAAGAUCCUUUUCUUUUUUUAAGAGAAGUAGAAAAUGGAAACUCUUUUGAUUCCUCUGGUGAUGAACUUGAUGUGCGAAAAUUGCUCAGGCAGUCCUCCUCAAGGAAAUCUGGACGAUCUAAAAGUGUUUCAGAACUUCUGGACAUUUUAGAUGACACAGCACACGCCCCACGGAGUAUACAUAACUCUGACCAGAUCCUAGCACAAGACUUAGAAUGGCUUCAAAAUGACCGAGAGGCUUAUAAAAUGGCCUGGCUAAGUCAACGCCAGCUGGCCCGCUCCUGUCUGGAUUUGAAUACCAUUCAUCAGAACCCCGGAUGGGCCCAAACACAGGUUGCAGAGAUCACCAUAGUUUGCAAAUUAAACCACCAAGGAGGGUCAGUCCAAUUACCUGAAUCGGACAUCACUAUUCAUGUGCCCCAAGGUCAUGUAACUGUGGGAGAAUUCCAAGAGGUGUCUCUAAGGGCUUUUCUUGAUCCUCCACAAAUGCUUAACCACAAUCUUUCCUGCACUGUGAGCCCGCUGUUGGAAAUCGCCUUGAGCAACCUUAAUACCAUGGAAGCCAUUUUGCUGGAGAUGAAAAUCGGGGCUGAGGUGAGAAAAGAUCCUUUCAGCCAAGUCAUGACAGAAAUAGUGUGUUUACAUAGCCUGGAUAAAGAAGGCCCUUUCAAGGUGUUAAGCGGCUGUUACGUUUAUAAAGAUACCAUCCAAGUCAAACUAACGGACCUGAGUAAGGUGAUGUAUCUGGUGGUCGCUGCACAAGCUAAAGCUAUUCAGUCCCCAGCGGCCACCGUUUGGGAUUAUAUCCACAAAACCACCUCCAUUGGGGUUUAUGGACCCAAAUAUAGCCAUCCUAAUUUCACCGUUAUUUUCACGGUUUGUGGACACAGUUACAUGCCAGGAAAGCUUACAAUCUCUGAUAUUAAGAAGGGUGGAAAAAACACAUCUCCCGUGGUAUUUCAGCUCUGGGGGAAGCAUUCAUUUUUACUAGAUAAGCCGCAAGAUUUAAGUAUUUCUGUGUCUUCAUGUGACCCUGAUUUUGAAGUAAAGGCGGAAGGAGAAAGCAAAGAAAUUCCGCAACAGCAGUUGGAGGCGGGGAGAGUGGUUCAUCGACACUUUGCGUUCGCUUUAGCUGCCCGGCGAGACAUGCACUUGUUUGUUUUCCGUGUUCAGGUGGAGCCUCCCCAUGGCCAAGCAGUUGCCCAGUUCUUCAUCACUACACCUGAUCCAGCCCCGAACCUAAAAAGGCUCUCAAAUCUGCCAGGUUCUUUGCGAGAGGAGAAGGAGAUCACGUCUGCUCCUUCACCACCACAAGUGCUUGUCAACUAUCCCACCUUUCAAGAUAAAAUAUUGAACUUCACCAAGUAUGGGGUCACCCUGAAGACAGUCCUGAGAAAAAGCAAGAUUGACUACUUCCUUGAGUAUUUCAAAGGGGAUACAAUAGGACUUCUUGGAGAGGGUAAGGUAAAAGCUAUUGGUCAGUCCAGAGUAAAAGAAUGGUACGUGGGAGUCCUCAGAGGCAAGGUUGGACUUGUGCAUUGCAAAAACGUCAAGGUGAUUUCAAAGGAGCAAGUCAUGUCUAUAUCAGACAGUGUCUUUACAACCAGAAAUCUUCUUGAACAAAUUGCUCUGCCUUUAAAAAAACUAACUUAUAUCUACUCGGUUGUCCUGACCUUGGUGUCGGAAAAAGUUUAUGACUGGAAUGUUUUGGCUGAUGUCCUCGGUUACCCACAUCUGGCACUGGACAAUUUGGUUCCAACGCAAGCAGACAAAGAAUCAGAAAAAGUUUCUUAUGUUGUAAAAAAGUUAAAGGAAGAUUGCCACGCAGAUAAAAAUACAAGGAAGUUUCUUUAUGAACUUACUGUGGCUCUGCUAAAGAUGGAUUGCCAAGGGUUAGUAGCACAUCUCACCCAGGAGGCUGCUAUUCUGACUUCAGCUGUCAAACUCGGAAAAGGCUGGAGGGAACUAGCUGAAAAGUUAGUACGACUCACAAAGCAACAAAUGGAGGCAUAUGAAAAUCCUCACCGGGGAAAAUCUGGGGAAGUUGCUGGAGAGAUGAUGUGGAAACCUGCCUAUGAUUUUCUCUACACUUGGAGCGCUCAUUACGGAAAUAGCUACAGAGACGUAUUACAAGACCUUCAAUCAGCUUUGGACAGAAUGAAAAACCCUGUGACCAAACAGUGGAGAGACCUAACUGGAGCUUUAAUACUAGUAAAUUCUUUAGAGGUUUUGAGAGUAACUGCAUUCUCCACUUCCGAGGAAGUAUAGAAAAUGAAGGAUGUGUUUUUAAGGGGAG